AUGGCGAAAACAUGGGUGGCUGUGGUAUUGUCCGUGGUGCUACUUGUUUCGAUAAACUCGGUGGUGGCUGAGGAGGAACAGCCGACGACGGUUGGGCAGAGGAUAGACUCCGCCAUGACAAGCGUCACCAAUGCUUUCAAUGAACAUGGCGGCAAAGAUGCCGUGGAAACCGUCUCUUCCACGGCAAAGUCCGUUUACGGAUGGUUCGGUGAUAAAGCCAAGGAAAUGGGAAUUCAUUUCUAAACGAAGGAGUGGUUAAGGUUUUGUGUGUUAUAUACCCUAAAAAGCUCGUCCAAUCUGUAAAUGAUUUUGUUU